GAGCCGGAGCAGCCGCGGUGAAGCUUCUGGGCUCAGCUGAGACCGCCGUGCCCGCUCGUUGCCUCGGCCGCCGCUGCCUCAAGCCGUCGCCGCCGCCGGGUGAGCGGCUGCCUAUUGUCCUUCUCGGUGGCGACGGUGCGGAGCUGCUCCGGCUGGGCCCGCGGGGGAGUCCCGGGCGCAGCACGUGUCCUGGGUCAUGAAACUUAAUCCACAGCAAGCUCCAUUAUAUGGCGAUUGUGUGGUUACUGUGUUGCUGGCUGAAGAGGACAAAGUUGAGGAUGAUGUAGUUUUUUACUUGGUAUUUUCGGGUUCCACCCUCCAUCACUGCACAAGUACUCGGAAGGUCAGCGCUGAUACGCUGGAGACCAUUGCUCCUGGUCACGACUGCUGUGAGACCGUGAAGGUGCUGCUCUGUGCUUCCAAGGAGGGCCUUCCCGUGUUUGUGGUGGCCGAAGAAGACUUCCAGUUCAUCCAGGAUGAGGCGUACGAUGCAGCCCAGUUCCUCGCGACCAGUGCUGGGAAUCAGCAGGCCCUGAACUUCACUCGUUUUCUUGACCGAUCAGGACCCCCAUCUGGGGAUGUGAAUUCCCUUGACGAGAAGGUCGCCCUGGCAUUCAGACACCUGAAGCUGCCCGCGGAGUGGAACGUGUUGGGGACGGAUCAGACUUUGCAGGAUGGUGGUCCCCGGGAGACGCUGAUGCAUUUUGCCGUGCGGCUGGGGCUGCUGAGGUUGACGUGGUUCCUGUUGCAGAAGCCAGGUGGCCGAGGGGCUCUCAGCAUCCACAACCAGGAAGGAGCGACACCUGUGAGCCUGGCCUUGGAGCGGGGUUAUCACAAGCUGCACCGGCUUCUAACUGAGGAGAAUGCUGGGGAACCAGACUCCUGGAGCAGUUUAUCCUAUGAAAUCCCGUAUGGAGACUGCUCUGUGAGGCAUCAUCGAGAGUUGGACGUCUAUACCUUAACCUCUGAGUCUGAAACACGUCAUGAAGUCCCAUUUCCUGGAGACAGUUGCACUGGACAUAUUUUUAAACUUAUGAACAUCCAACAGCAGCUAAUGAAAACAAAUGUUAAGCAGAUGGACAGUCCUGUGCCCUUAAUGGUGACGGCACAGGAUCCUUCAAGUCUGCCCAGUGCCCGAGAUCCAGAUGGCCGGUUUCUUUGCUGCACGUCAGAUCCCAGGGACAGCCAGCAGCGCUCGUCUCUGCCCGAAGACCCCGAGCCUCGUCCAUGUGGCCACGGGAGCACUGUGGGGGAGACUGAAAGUUCCUCCAGUUUGUCAGGUGUGGCUGCGGAAGAGAAUACAGACUGUUCUUGUAAGAAGGAAACCAAAGGUGUGGGGGGAGCAGGGGACGAGGCGGAGCCCUCACUUACUGUGGACUGUGGAGCGGUGUCUGAUCCCAGCAGCCGCCUUCUGAGCAUACCUGCUUGUGGAGGAGAGGCCACAGGAGACUUUCCAUCCGGUCAAGUCAGAAAUGGAGAAACUGGAACAAAAUCUUCUGCACUGGUCACAGACCAGGAGUCUCUAAGCACUGGAGACCGCCUCCUGCAGGGAGACAUGGCCAUGCAACCGGGCUCCGUUCCCACUCCACAUUUCUCUGGAGGGGAACUGGCAGUCAGCGUCCCAGGAACUGCAGGGGAGACAGAAUGUGGUCUCCCAAACAUCGACGCCGCCAUCCAGAAGGAUGUGCUUGAAGUAAGGGAAGGUACAAAGGAAAAGUUUGAGGACUCUCCUAUCAGCACAGCCGGAGCCUCUGACGUAAAAGUCACAAGUCAGCCUGCAGAUAAAGCCGCUGCUCCCAACGGCGUCUCUGCCACCGGCUCCCCGGGUGCUAAUGAACCUGCUGAGUCUUUACUUGCAUCUAGGAAGGGAGAAGCCUCCCCUGUGAAAACUGCAGAGACAGAAGCUUCAAGAAGUUGUGAAGGGAAUGCUGGGGCUCCCGUGGGUCAGAGCUCCCCAGUAGCUCCAGCUGCUGCAGAAGACACGACUUCAGAUGGGCUCAGUCCUUCUGCUCCCUUGGCAGGCACAAGUGAAGCAGCGUCCCCCUCCCAUCUGACCUUCCCGGGGCCACGAAAAGACGCGCCAAACAAGAGAUCGGAAACUGAUUCAUCUCCCAUUCAGAGCCAGAUCAGCCAAUCACCCCUCUGUUCUACACCUGGAGGGGACACUCCGUGUGCCACCCCUGCCUGUGGGCAGAGCACAAUGACUGCUGCGGGCGUCCUGGCUGCGGAACACUGUGGUGGCAUAGGUACCCAGCCCGAGGGCACUGCCCCAGGACUGCCCCCCACACAGCAUCUCCCCCCGGCCCUCUGCUGUGAAGGUCUCCAGGCUCACACAGCCACCCCUGACCCUCCAAGAGGCACCCAGGACCAGGCGGAAUUUUGUCCUCUUGAAGUUUCAGAUAAAGAGGGCCAGAGAAAAGAUUGGAACCUCGGAACAGCUUUAACAAAUAUGCUUGAGGUGCAGCCACAGGUGCUUGUCCCCAGCACCGAGGAAGAACUGGUACCAGACCAGGCUGUGACAUCAGACCAGACUCCUCUGGCAAGCGGGCCAGGCAGUGAAUCAGUAACCAAAGAUGACGCACUUUCUCUUGUCCCCUCCCAGAAAGAAAAGGGAACAGCAACUUCUGAACUACAUAUGGCUACAGAUGGUGGAGAUGGCCCAGGCAGAGAUUGGAGCGGUCCUGAGAAGCAGCCCUCAGAAGACGGUGCCAUAGGCCUGCCCGCACCCUCCGCUGCUCUCCAUUGUCAGCCCAGAAUGGGGAAUACCAGCCCCAUGGGACUUAGUGGGGAACAUGGGGCUCCCCGCCUUUCAGCAGCCCCCGAAGUUCUGGAUCUUGAGGAGGGCACCGACGCUUCUCUGCUGUGUGCGGGUAAGGCCACUGUGGCCUCCAAUUCCGUUCUGACUGAGGUGGGAAAAACGGAGGUGGUUCUGGAAAGCUCUGAAGCUCAAGGACAAGAUAGCAGGGAUAAAGCAGCGACUUGUGCCUCUGUUAAGGAAGACACUUGUUCCUCAGGAGCGUUUCAGGAAGAGCAGAGAACACCACCUCCUGGACAGGAGGCACUGGGGUUCUGCGGAGAGCGGAGUUCGGCUGUCUGCGCCGAGGACAGAGCACUUGAGUGCGGCAGUCCCCGGGGCGCACCCUUGGCCUGCCUGAAUGCAGAAACGGAGCAUAACCAGGAAGUGGCCCCGCCAGUCUCGCUGCUGACUGAAGGUGGGGCUGCCCAGAGCCCGGUGCCACGGGGAGCAAAUCUGGCUGCAGACCCACACCAGGAAGCCUCGGGCGCAGAGCAGAGCGGCUCAGCUGCAUUGCCAGGUGUGUCACCAGACGGGGCUGCGGCUCUUGCUCGCAGUCGGUCUUCGGCUCUGGAUAUUGGCGUGCAGAACCCUGAAUCCCAAGGUAAAAGCCGUGCUGGUGAGGUGAGCGGACAUGUGGGGUUGGAUGUUGCUGUGGUUGAUGCCACAGAAGAUACUGUCGGGGCCAGAAGAGAGGCUGUAUCACACACCGCCCAGGACCUCCCGAUUUCAGAAGCCCUGAGCCAGGAGAAGACUGUGGUCCUGGAUUUGCCGGGAGCUUCAGCAGACAAAGGUGUGCUGGAACUGCGGGGCACCGCUGCCCCCGAGAUGGUGCCUGUCGGUUGGAAGGAGGCAGACAGCGGCGGCGUGGCCCAUGGCAGCGGGGCACAGGUGGAUGCCGACGCGCGCCACGUCCUCCAGCAACCACCUGCCAGAGAGCUCCCCACGGACACCGGACUCUCAAACAGUGGUGAGCCGGCCCCAGGCAGGGCAGGGGGCACUCCCCCUCUACCCUGGGCCGUGUCUCUGCCCGAAGGAGCAGGCUCCAUUGAGGAGGCUGCGAGUCGCAUAGUGGAGGCCGUCCUGGACCAAGUCAAGUCCUCGGGAGCCCUGAUCACUGGGCAGGGGACUGGUCACAUGUCACCGUCCAGCCCUUCAGAGUCAGGCCCAGUGACUGAGCAUCCAGAGAGUGCUUCUGCAGGGAAAGGGAGCUCUUUUCUGCCUGGGCGGACCCCACACAUGGGCAGUAUCUGCGAAGAAGCCCCUGGCAGCCUUGCAGGGGGUUUGGCUGAAAGGGAGAAGCUGGAGAAGCUGGUUCUGGCCGCUGAAGGAUCUGGGCCCGCAAUAGAAAUGCCAGACUUGAAGGCUGCAGACGGAGCGGAUUGUCUGAGUAAUGCCGGGGCGAGCUCAGCCUCUGCAGAGGUGGUCGCGGGAGCCGCAGCUGCCAUGCCUGAUGUGAAGCAAGGCCUGGCGACCCAGGCGAUAAAUCGAGAAAGCUGGUGUACGAUAAAGCCGUGCCCCGAUACAGCACCUCUUUUGGCCCCCACAGAGAGCCCAGAAUGUGAGAACUUCCUGGAUGUUGGACUGGGCAGAGAGUGUGCCUCAAAACAAGGAGUCCUCAAAAGAGAAUCCGGCAGUGACUCUGACCUCUUUCACUCACCCAGCGAAGAAGUGGACAGCAUCAUCUUCCCCAAGCCGGAGGAAGAGCCAAUGGUCUGUGACAUCACCGGAUCCAGUUCGUCCACCGACGACACUGCUUCCCUGGAUCGACAUUCUUCUCAAGGCAGUGAUGUGUCCCUCCCCCAGAUUUCAAAUUUGAACAGGUCCAGAGAUCAGCAGGGUCUUGAUGGCUUCUACAGCCAUGGCGUGGGAGCUGAGGGUCGAGAGAGCGAGGGCGAAGCUGCCGGCUCAGGUGAGAUGGAGGAGGAGGAAAUGGACAGCAUCACCGAGGUGCCCGCGAACUGCUCUGUGCUGAGGAGCUCCAUGCGCUCCCUGUCCCCUUUCCGGAGGCACAGCUGGGGUCCUGGGAAGAACGCAGCCAGCGAUGCAGAAAUGAACCAGCGCAGUUCAUUGCGAGUUCUGGGGGAUGUUGUCAGGAGACCUCCCAUUCAUAGGAGAAGUUUCAGCCUAGAAGGCUUGACAGGAGGAGCUGGUGUCGGAAGCAAGCCAUCUUCAUCUCUAGAUGUGAACUCCUUAAACACCAAAGAGCUCAGGCACCCUUUCGGUGGUGAAGAAAGGGGUGACUCUUUGAUGUCACUUUCAGAAGAGGAUCUGGAAUCAGGCCAGAGAGAGCACAGGAUGCUUGAGCAGCAGGCAUGUCACAGAGCUAAACAACAGGGAUUCAAUUACUGUACAUCAGCCAUUUCCUCUCCACUAACAAAAUCCAUCUCAUUAAUGACAAUCAGCCAUCCUGCGUUGGACCAUUCACGGUCUUUCCACGGUACCAGCGCCAACCUGACUGAGAGCAUAACAGAAGAGACCUAUAGUUUCCUGCCACAAAGCCCCUCCAAGAAAGAUUUUGAAGGGAAGAGUGGAACAAAAGUCAGUCGCACAUUCAGCUACAUCAAGAAUAAAAUGUCCAGCAGUAAGAAGAGCAGAGAAAAGGAGAAAGAGAAAGAGAAGAUCAAGGAGAAGGAGAAAGAUUUGAAGGAGAAAGAAAAGGAUAAGAAGACGGUCAACGGGCACACUUUCAGUUCCAUCCCUGUCGUGGGUCCGAUCAGCUGUAGCCAGUGCGUGAAGCCUUUCACCAGCAAGGAUGCCUACACGUGUGCAGGUUGCGGUGCGUUUGUCCACAAAGGCUGCAGAGAAAGUCUGGCCUCCUGCGCAAAGGUCAAAAUGAAGCAGCCCAGAGGGAGCCUUCAGGCACAGGACACGUCUUCGCUGCCCACAGUCAUCAUGAGAAGCAAGCCCUCACAGCCCAAGGAGCGGCCUCGAUCUGCAGUCCUCCUGGCGGAUGAAGCCACUGCCAUUCCCAUGUUUGCCAACAGACGGUCCCAGCAGAGUGUCUCACUCUCCAAAAGUGUCUCCAUACAGAACAUUGCUGGAGUUGGCAAUGAUGAGAACAUAUCAAACACCUGGAAAUUCCUGUCUCAUUCAACAGACUCACUCAAUAAAAUCAGCAAGGUCAAUGAGUCAACAGAGUCGCUAACUGACGAGGGAGUAGGUACAGACAUGAAUGAAGGACAGCUAAUGGGGGACUUUGAGAUGGAAUCCAAGCAACUAGAAGCCGAGUCCUGGAGUCGCAUCGUGGACAGCAAGUUUCUGAAACAGCAAAAGAAAGAUGUGGUCAAACGGCAAGAAGUGAUUUAUGAGUUGAUGCAGACCGAGUUGCACCACAUCCGGACGCUGAAGAUCAUGAGCGACGUGUACAGCCGCGGGAUGAUGACGGAGCUGCUCUUCGAGCAGCAGACGGUGGAGAAGCUGUUCCCCUGCUUGGACGAGCUGAUCAGUAUCCAUAGCCAGUUCUUCCAGAGGAUCCUGGAGCGGAAGAAGGAGUCUCUGGUAGAUAAAAGCGAAAAGAACUUUCUCAUCAAGAGGAUGGGAGAUGUGCUGGUGAAUCAGUUUUCAGGGGGGAACGCAGAGCGCUUAAAGAAGACGUAUGGCAAGUUCUGUGGGCAGCACAACCAGUCUGUGAACUACUUUAAAGACAUUUAUACCAAGGAUAAGCGGUUCCAGGCGUUCGUGAAGAAGAAGAUGAGCAGCGCCGUGGUGAGGAGGCUGGGCAUCCCAGAGUGCAUAUUGCUGGUGACGCAGCGGAUCACCAAAUACCCAGUUUUAUUCCAAAGAAUACUGCAGUGUACCAAAGACAAUGACGUGGAGCAGGAGGAUCUGGCUCAGUCCCUGAGCCUGGUGAAGGACGUGAUAGGAGCUGUGGACAGCAAAGUGGCAAGUUACGAAAAGAAAGUGCGUCUCAAUGAGAUUUAUACGAAGACAGACAGCAAGUCGAUCAUGCGGAUGAAGAGCGGCCAGAUGUUUGCCAAGGAGGAUCUGAAGCGGAAGAAGCUUGUGCGGGACGGGGGUGUGUUUCUGAAGAACGCGGCGGGAAGGUUGAAAGAGGUUCAAGCAGUUCUGCUUACCGACAUUUUAGUGUUCCUUCAAGAGAAAGACCAGAAAUACGUCUUUGCAUCAUUGGACCAGAAAUCCACUGUGAUCUCGUUAAAGAAGCUGAUUGUCAGGGAAGUGGCCCACGAGGAGAAAGGUUUAUUCCUCAUCAGCAUGGGGAUGAAGGACCCCGAGAUGGUGGAGGUGCACGCCGGCUCCAAGGAAGAGCGGAACAGCUGGAUCCACAUCAUUCAGGACACGAUCAACACUCUGAACAGAGACGAAGAUGAAGGAAUUCCUAGCGAGAACGAGGAAGAGAAGAGGCUGCAGGACACCAAAGCCCGAGAGCUGAAAGAGCAACUCCAGCAGAAGGACCAGCAGAUCCUCCUCCUCCUGGAAGAGAAGGAGAUGAUUUUCCGAGACAUGACCGAGUGCAGCACCCCCUUGCCGGAGGAUUGCUCCUCAACGCACAGCUCUCGGAUCCUCUUCCGCUCCAACACAGAAGAGGCUCUCAAAGGAGGACCUUUAAUGAAAAGUGCAAUAAAUGAGGUGGAGAUCCUUCAAGGUUUGGUGAGUGGAAGCCUGGGAGGCACGCUGGGGCCGGCGGUCAGUAGCCCUGUUGAGCAGGAAGGCAUGGUGGGUCCUGUCUCCUUGCCCCGGAGAGCAGAGACCUUUGGAGGAUUUGACAGCCAUCAGAUGAACGCUUCAAAAGGAGGUGAGAAGGAAGAGGGAGAGGACGGCCAGGAUCUGAGGAGAACCGAGUCGGACAGCGGUCUGAAAAAGGGUGGAAAUGCUAACCUGGUAUUUAUGCUUAAAAGAAACAGUGAGCAGGUGGUCCAGAGUGUCGUUCACCUCCACGAGCUCCUCAGCGCGCUGCAGGGCGUGGUGCUGCAGCAGGACAGCUACAUCGAGGACCAGAAGCUGCUGCUGGCCGAGCGCGCGCUUACCCGGAGCUCGUCGCGCCCCAGCUCCCUGGUGGAGCAGGAGAAGCAGCGCAGCCUGGAGAAGCAGCGCCAGGACCUGGCCAACCUGCAGAAGCAGCAGGCGCAGCACCUGGAGGAGAAGCGGCGGCGCGAGCGAGAGUGGGAGGCGCGCGAGCGGGCGCUGCAGGAGCGCGAGGCGCGGCUGGCGCAGCGCGAGCAGGACGUGCGGCGCGGCCAGCAGGACCUGGAGCGCGAGCGCGAAGAGCUGCAGCUCCGCAAGGGCGCCUACCAGUGCGACCUGGAGAGGCUGCGCGCCGCGCAGAGGCAGCUGGAGCGGGAGCAGGAGCAGCUGAGGCGCGACGCCGAGCGGCUCAGCCAGAGGCAGGCGGAGCACGACGCCCAGCAGGUUUCACGUCAGCACAGCAAGCUGCUGCGGAUCCCGUCCUUCCUUCCGAAUCCGGAGGAGUCACCCUUGCCGCCUGUACCUUCCAUAGCCAAAUCGGGAUCCCUGGACUCAGAACUCUCGGUGUCCCCAAAAAGAAACAGCAUCUCUCGGACACACAAAGAUAAGGGGCCUUUUUACGUACUGAGUUCCACCAGCCAGCCAAACAGAGCCCCAGAGGGUCAGAGCCAGACCCCGGUGCCCACGUCCGCCUCCACCCGCCUGUUUGGGUUAGCUAAGCCAAAGGAGAAGAAAAAGAAGAACAAAGGCAGCCGCUCUCAGCCCGGUGAUGGCCCUAUGUCAGAAGUGCCCACAGAGGGUGAAGAGAUCUUCUGCUGACCCUGCCCUCUGCCGUGGCCACUGCCUCCUGUUCUGGCCCGUGGUCACCAGCCCCACCUCUCCUCCUGUUCCUGGGUGUGGUCUCUUACCUUGGACACAGAGCUGCCCCACGUCCUGGACCAGAGGGACAAUGAUCUGGAAGGUCAGGGUGGGGCAGCAGACCCGGGCUCAGCGGCUCACACCGAAAAAGCGGCCCAGAAGUCCAGGCGAUGGCUUCAGACACGUCAGGAAUCUCUAGAGGCUGAAAGAAAUGUGGAAAUAAGGUCUGAAAUUCUACCUUUUACUUGAGGGACACAAGCAACAGCCAAACGGCAGAUAGUUUGGACUUGGUCCGUGUACAUAGAGUUACCCUUCUGCAUAUACACGUGGGGUGUGCCAGAAUUAGGCGCCAUCUGUCGCGGAGGCCUGGUCCGCUUGGCACAGGAGGGGCCACCCGGCUCUGCUCCAGGAGCACGCGGGCCCUCGCCUCAUACACCCUCCUAGUCCUCCAAGGUGGUCCUAUCACCCUGCCCCGUGCACACCUCCUCCCUUUCUGCAUGUUUCAUUUUAGAAGGGAUGGCAAACGUUUGUGAAAACCAGUAAGAGAAGGUGUGAUGUGUUUAAAAAGCAUAUAUAUAUAUAUAUAUAUAUAUAGGCAGAUAUAUAUAUAUGUGUAUGUGUGUGUACAUAUAUAUAUGAUCUGUACCACCUUCAUUUUAGUGUUUGUCAUUUAAAAAAAAAAAAUCUAUAAUUUUAACAUGAAAUCCAAAGAAAUUAUAGUCUGGCUUUCCAGGAUGUUUGCCCACAUACUCUGGGCACAGACGAAGUAGAGAAGUCUCCACGUCCUUACUCCUGCAUGGUGACACUUUUUGGUUGUCACUGACCCACAGCCUCCUUGACACCAUGCCGAGGGCAGCGGCAGCAAGGUUGUCCCCACCCCUGCACUAAGACAGUGGCCCCGUUGGUUCAGGGGAAGGCGUUCGGCCCCUCUGUCAUCGUCAUCAUUUUUAGACCAGUUCGGCCCGAGAGGUAGCCGGCCCCGGUGCGGCUGGGAAGCGUGCUCGUUCUGUAGCGGGAGGCCAGGCCGGGAUUUGAUUUCUUGAAACGUUUCUCCAAUCUAAAGGUCUGUUGGUUACUGUAUUCCGCCCCCUCGAAGGUGUGCCCCAGACGCGGCCUGGCUUCCCUUCUGUCUCCCGCGCUGGCGGGGUCCCUGAUUGCUGGAGGCUCGCCGCAGUGCUAGAGCAGGACGGUUCUUGGAGGUCCUCGGAGCCCCCCUCUCCCUGCUGGACUCCAUACUCCCCGCACGGGGAGACCCUGGAAACGUCUGUGCUUUCCGUGUGCCCUCCCCUUCCUGCUCUUUGCCCCUCGGGAGCAUGGGUCUUUGAACAUACCUUUUAAGAAAACAAAAUCUGCAACUUGGUGCUUGUUGAUGAGUUGCAAGCUGGCCUUGCCGAUGGAGAUAUUUAUCUUUCAGUUUAUUUGAAAGAGGUCUGCUUUAAAAUUGUUAGCUUAGACUUAUUUAUUGUGUGUGUGUGUGUGUGUGUGUGUGUGUGUGUGUGUGUGUGGUAAGGGUGAGCACCCCAGCCCAACGGCUUCCGCUGUCUGGUCCGUGCAGAACGUGAACAGCGCUGCUCGCUCCUCCGUGUCUGUCAAAGUGCCUUGAGGGCCCAAAGGAAAGUUAAAGGUUGGGGAAGGGGAAUCCAUUUCCUUCCCUUCUCUCACCCCCCACCUCCUCCUUGGAUCAAGGGAUGUCUUCUCCCUUGCCUGAGUCAAGAAACUUGUCACCUGUGAGUUACAUUCACCUGUUUGUGUCUCAGAAAUUUCUUAGCCUGCAGAAGCAGACUGUAAGAACAAAACCAGCUAAGCUAAUCAUCUUUUGAACCACGGUGUACCACCCCCCCUCCGGCCCCGAACAGUGAAAAGAUAGGUUACUUCCUGGCCUUGGUCCACACUGCUCCGAGCCACAGCCACGCCUGCCACGGUUCUCCUCGAAGCACAUGGAGCGCAGGGUCUGUCCCCCUCUGGGGCUCACCGUCCCGCUCGCCGUGGGCCGCUGGAGGGAAUGGCACCUGGGAGGGAAGGCUGCAUCCUUCCUGCUCGGUGUCACCGUAGGCCAGGCCCCUGUGUUCCCUGAGCUUGCACUCGGUGCUGGCAAGAUGGGCCCUCACGUCUGCUCGCCACUGACGCGCUGUGGACCCCGAGUUUCUGGCCCCUGCUGCCCAGCUUGAAAGUGUCUUUUACUCAACUACGUUUGAGCUGAUGUUUGGGCUGCUUUGCGGGUGGUGGUGAUGGUGGUGGCUUUGCCUGCGCCCACCCGCGAGUCACUGAGCUCGCUCAGGUUCUGGGUAGACACGUGCAGAACCGGAUUUGGAGGGGAGCCUCCCGCGUCCGCCCCACCUUCAUGGAAAGCCGAGUUCACAGCGCAGAGAGACAACGGCUUCCUGGGAGCCGCGCUGUGACAGGUCUUUCUCAUCCCCUCCGGAAACUGCACUCCGGGACCUCCUUUGCCGGGCUUGGAGAGCUGCCGGGAUUGUUGCUGCUUGUGCUUGUCACCUUGAGAACCACUCUGGUUCCGGAGGCUGAGGCCUCAUCUGGGCUCUUUUCUUGUGAGAAGGGGUCGUCUGCCCAGGGGACUCGAAGGCCGUUCCCUCUUGUGUCGUCCAGGAAGCUCCAGAAAGCAAAUGCCUGACACCAGCCAGAGCCCCCAGAUUUCCAGAGUCUAGUGAAGUUCCUGGAGGGAGGCUCAGUUCCUGGAGGGAGGCUCAGUUCUGUCUCAAAAAUUCUAUCAUCUCAGAAGUUGUCAUCCCAGUUGGGUGACAUGCACUUUAAAUGCUCUCAUCUGUUGGCUUCUUUUUUGGGACAAUCAGCUAUGUGAACUCUUCUUCUUUGAAAACAGAGAGGGUUAAAAACAUGCAAAUUGCCAUGAUUCAGCCUUUGCCAACAUUCCAUUCUUUACCCCCAUGAGAGCGAUCUGUGGGGAAGAAAUCCUUAUCAAGAUUUUUUUUUUUUUUUUUUUUUUUUUUUUGAAAAGGUACGAAUCUUACCUUUCUCCCUCUUACGUCUCAGGGUAGCACCACUGACGUCGUCUCUUUGAGAAGAGAAUGUUCUCAUUCUCUUCCUGAGCCCCUAUGAGCUAGCAGGAAGCACAAAUUUUCAAGACCCUUGGGGUUUGUUGUACCUUUCCUGGGAAGGGGGGCAGGUAUGGUGGUGCAGGGGUUUAAUAAGGUGGACUCUGCCUUAAGCAAGGGGCAGAACCAUACCUUAGAGGCCAGGACUUGAUCCAGAAGUUGGGUGUUCACAGAAGUACUUAAUAUUUCAUUGCUUGGUCUCUAAGGCCUCUCCAUAGCCAGUUCUCUCUCCCCGAGGAUUUGGGCGUUUGCCCCAAGGAGGGCUUGCAGAGGGGGCUGAGUCAACUCCAGUGUUGAUGGGUGACGGGUUGUGCCCAGGCCAGCCGAGCCCUGGGAGGGUGUUGGAGACACUGUUCUGGUGAUGGGCCUCUGGCCAUACACACGUGGCUUGGACGGGCCCCCAGAGGGGAUCGGCGUCCUUGGCCUGUGGGAGCCCGGAACCAGCCCUGUAGGUUAGAUGGCAGUGGUUGAGUGACAUGCGUGCCUCGCGCGCCCGCCUUCCGGCUGGACACACACAUGCCGGUGGUGCUGGGCCCGCAUCCCAGCCCCGCGCUCUCGCGCUCACUGACACACAGAGAUGAGAGGAGGGCAAGGAGUUUGUUGUGGUUUGCGUCUUUUUUCUUCCAGCAUCGCCAAACAUUCCUAGUUAACCAGAGCUUUGGGAUCUACUGCCUGCUGGCCAGGUUUUAAAGUGGAAAGUAUUUUAAUGCUGCCAUAAAAGUAAAAUCAAAAAAAUGAAAACAAAAAAAAAGGAAGGGAAAAACAAAGCCUUCUUUCCUUGUACUCAUCUAAUUUAAUUUGUCAAAAGAUUGACAGGCCUUGAAUUAAUUCUCCAUCUCGCUAAGGUUGAAAGCCGGGCAAACCCAGCCGGCUAACGGCCUCCGGCCCCAGAACACGCCACCCUGCUCUGCACGCCUGGCCUGUGCCAGGGGCCCCUCUCUGCCGCGAAGCAGAGGGUGCUGCCCCCCCAACCCUGCCUCUUCACCCCCGAUACUCACCCAGCUUGAGCUCUCCUGCCUUUCGCAGCCACCCGACAGGCCCGUCCGGUCAGCUUGCCCGUAGUCAUGGUUCAGCCUGUGGUUUCCCGUGUUCCUUACCCGCUGCGGGCGUGGGAGACGCCCGGACCUGCAGGAGGGCAAUUCCCGUACACCUUAUACCUCUGCUUUUGUGGUUUUCAACUGCUAGACAAACAUUUCUGUGCUAGAUUCUUUUAAAUAAAAAGGGGUUAAAACCCAGAUGCUGUAUAUUAAUUUGUAAUUAUGUAUAAAGUAAAGCAGUUUUAAACUGUAAAAAAAAUUUUUCAGUGUGUUUUCUGGGAUUUUGCCACAACAUACUGGCUUUGUAUUUUAUUUAUCUUCCUUUCUAGUUAUUGGCUUCAGACUCUACCUGUAAAGUCCCCUCCACCCUUUCAAAAAAUAAAUGUCCUUUAAGUUUCA